AUGGACACCCCACCAGCCCCAGCAUCCGAGAACGAGUACACCGAGAUCCGACUCGAGAACAAAGCCAAAUCCGGCACCCUCAAACUCGUAUCCAUAUCCUUCGAACACGGCCGCAUGUACCAAGAAGGCGACCGAGACAAAGAACUCAACCAAUCCGACGUCGAGAACCACGAGAUCAACGCAGGCGACUUCUACGUUUUCCGAGCCUGUGGCAAGAAAGGCGCCGCAGUAGGAGUAGAAGCAACAUUCAAACUGAGAGACAAAGAUACCGGAAAAGAUGAACUAUCCAUCUACUUUGUCAACCCCUGGGGCUCUGACCCGAACGACCUCCGAGUGUCAGAUGUAUAUAUGGACCCUGCCUGGGGUGGGAAGAUCACCGUCUCUGGUGGCAUUGGUCAUAAGACCGGACCCUUGGGGGAUGUUACUGUGCAAUUCAAGAAAUGGGCAUAG